CAGCCAGCGCGGGCCCUUCCGGCCGGACCGUCCGCGCUUUUGUCCCUCCGGCGGCAGGGCUCCCGCGGCGCCGCCACAGCCAUGUCACAUUUGAAGACGAGGGGCACUGAGGAUGAGAAAUCAGCUGAAAAGUAUGAAAAUGUUGGAAAUGCAGAAUCUUUGUGGCCAAAAGUGGAAGGUCUUCACAAGGAUUGUAUACAGGAAUAUAAGGUUGGUGAAACUUGUGAUUGGAAUAGCAAGGUAGAGAAUCAGCUGCAAAAUCCUGAGGGAAAAAGAAUGAAGGAAGACAAAAGUGGCAUCAGGGAAAAGAUCGACAAAGCCAAGAAUGCAGCAAAUAUAAAGACAGAACGGGAAGACGAGGCAUCUGAGAAAAGCUUACAUCCAAGUUCAAAACAUGUUAUACACCAGACUCUCUCUGUAAAACAGAUAAGCAGUGAACAAGACAGAUGUGUGGAGAACUUUAAUGGAACCUCUCACCCUGGUCUGCAGCAGAAAACCAGUGCUGUUAAGAAGUCACACAAAUGUGAUGAGUGUGGGAAAUCAUUCAAAUAUAAUUCCCGCCUCGUUCAACAUAAAAUUAUGCACACUGGGGAAAAACGCUACGAGUGUGAUGACUGUGGAGGGACUUUCCGGAGCAGCUCCAGUCUUCGAGUCCAUAAAAGGAUCCAUACUGGGGAGAAGCCCUAUAAGUGUGAGGAGUGUGGGAAAGCCUACAUGUCCUACUCCAGCCUUAUAAACCACAAAAGCACCCAUUCUGGGGAAAAGAACUGUAAAUGUGAUGAGUGUGGGAAAUCCUUCAAUUAUAGCUCUGUUUUAGACCAGCAUAAGAGGAUCCACACAGGAGAAAAGCCCUAUGAAUGUGGUGAGUGUGGGAAGGCUUUCAGGAACAGCUCUGGUCUCAGAGUCCACAAAAGGAUUCACACAGGGGAGAAGCCCUACGAAUGUGAUAUCUGUGGGAAAACUUUCAGUAAUAGCUCCGGCCUUAGGGUCCAUAAGAGGAUCCAUACAGGUGAGAAACCUUAUGAAUGCGAUGAGUGUGGGAAGGCCUUCAUUACUUGCAGAACACUUCUAAACCAUAAAAGCAUCCACUUUGGAGAUAAACCUUAUAAAUGUGAUGAAUGUGAGAAAUCGUUUAAUUACAGCUCUCUCCUCAUUCAGCAUAAAGUGAUCCACACUGGAGAGAAACCUUAUGAAUGUGAUGAAUGUGGGAAGGCCUUCAGGAACAGCUCAGGCCUUAUAGUGCACAAAAGGAUCCACACAGGAGAGAAACCCUACAAGUGUGAUGUCUGUGGCAAAGCGUUCAGCUAUAGCUCAGGCCUUGCCGUUCAUAAAAGCAUUCACCCUGGGAAGAAAGCUCAUGAAUGUAAGGAGUGCGGAAAAUCCUUCAGCUAUAACUCACUUCUGCUUCAGCAUAAGACCAUUCAUACUGGAGAGAGACCUUAUGUAUGUGAUUUGUGUGGGAAAACUUUCAGGAACAAUUCAGGCCUAAAGGUCCACAGGAGGCUCCAUACUGGGGAAAAACCAUAUAAGUGUGACGUGUGUGGGAAAGCCUAUAUCUCACGCUCUAGCCUUAAAAACCACAAAGGAAUCCAUCUUGGGGAAAAGCCCUAUAAAUGUACCUAUUGUGAGAAAUCUUUCAAUUACAGCUCUGCCCUUGAACAACAUAAAAGGAUUCAUACAAGGGAGAAACCUUUUGGGUGUGAUGAGUGUGGAAAAGCCUUCAGAAAUAAUUCAGGCCUUAAAGUACAUAAACGGAUCCACACUGGGGAGAGACCUUACAAAUGUGAAGAAUGUGGGAAAGCCUACAUCUCACUCUCAAGCCUUAUAAAUCAUAAAAGUGUACACCCUGGGGAAAAGCCCUAUAAGUGUGACGAGUGUGAAAAAGCCUUCAUCACAUACCGAACCCUUAUAAACCACAAAAAAAUCCAUCUUGGGGAGAAGCCCUACAAAUGUGAUGUAUGUGAGAAAUCUUUUAAUUACACUUCACUCCUUUCUCAACACAAAAGGGUCCACACUAGAGAGAAACCUUAUGAAUGCGACAGGUGUGAGAAGGUCUUCAGAAACAACUCAAGCCUUAAAGUGCAUAAAAGAAUCCAUACUGGGGAGAAGCCCUAUGAGUGUGAUGUAUGUGGAAAAGCCUACAUCUCACACUCAAGCCUUAUUAACCAUAAAAGUACCCACCCUGGCAAGACACCUUUCACAUGCGAUGAAUGUGGAAAAGCUUUUUUCUCAAGCAGAACUCUUCUAAGCCAUAAAAGAGUCCAUCUUGGGGAGAAGCCCUUCAAAUGUAUUGAGUGUGGGAAAUCUUUUAAUUACAGUUCACUCCUUUCUCAACACAAGAGGAUCCACACAGGGGAAAAACCUUAUAUAUGUGAUAGGUGUGGGAAGGCGUUCAGGAACAGCUCAGGCCUCACAGUGCAUAAAAGGAUUCACACAGGCGAGAAACCCUAUGAAUGUGAUGAGUGUGGGAAGGCAUACAUCUCACACUCAAGUCUCAUUAACCAUAAAAGUGUCCAUCGUGGGCAGCAGCCCUAUAAUUGUGAGUGUGGGAAGUCCUUCAAUUACAGAUCAGUUCUUGACCAACACAAAAGGAUCCACACUGGAAAGAAGCCAUACCGAUGUAAUGACUGUGGGAAGGCUUUUAAUAUCCGAUCGAAUCUCACCAAGCACAAAAGAAUCCAUACUGGAGAGGCGUCUUUCAGUGUGACCUCUGUGGGGAGUCACAGUGAUACAUCACAGAAGAGAAUUUAUGAGGGAGGGAGUACUCUGGAUAUGACCAACAUGAGCUUAUCUGUAGGUGGCCGAGCUUACCAAGUCUCAGGUCAAAUGGAAGAAAAACCUUAUGAAUGUAUGAACAUCUGAGCUCUUUGUUCAUUUGUAAUUUACACAAUGUACAUGAGACUACCAGUGCUCUUCAGGGCGAUCUGCAUCACAGCCAGCAAAGAAGCCUCCAGUGUCAAGAUAGUUGAGCCUGAAUGGGACACAGUUUGUCCUGGGAUAAAACCAAUCCAAGUAACAGUGAUUUAAAAACCUUCCAAACAAGCAGACAUUUCUGGACACAAAACACAUGGAUGAGGAAAGAACUUAGAGGUCAUAUAAUUACCAUCAGAAAGCUCAUAUUUGGGUAAAUUUUGUGAAUAGAAAUGGGGGAAAUUCAGGUAUAGCUUUGAAUCCUAAUUAUACAUUGGUCGGUGGGAAAAAUACAAGGAGGGCCUCCCAACAGGCAAAUUCAGGAGAGAGAUAGGCUUCAGGGAAUAAAAACUUAUUUAAUAGUGGUGAUUGCAAAGUAUAAAUUUGAUAUAAUUGAGUAAUUUGUGAGGGGUGAUGAUAAAUUUUGAAACAAAAUUGGAUUUGUUGUAGGAAGAAUAAAAAGUAUAGACAUGAAUCUAGCAGGAAAUAGUAAUUUUAAAAAUGUAAGUUGAUUGGACUAUAUGGUUGUAGUGAAAUACUCUGGGCAAAACUUUUUAAAAAUUUUCAAAUGAACCCCCUCAAUGAAUGAUGAAGUGUGGUGAGUGAAAACGUCACACAUUAUGCUACACAUACAAGGUUCUACCAUAACCAGAAAUUCAGCAAUUAAAUAACUAAUGGAACACGUCUUCAACAUGAAUUUGCACCUACAAAAAAAUAUUUGAUUCAGGGAUUCCUGUGAAUAGGAAUGCUGAGAAAGAGAUUUAUUGGAAAAGCUAGAAAGCUAAGUACCUAUUGAUAAUUGAGGGAUUGGAGGAAAUUCAUGAUUCUUAAUAUUCCUGUUAAAUAUUUGGUUGUUUUGGAAUGUGUUAUUGUAGAGAUUUCAUGCACUACAUGUGUGUAUUGUCUGUUGUAAAAUGUUAUGAAUACUUUGUUCAGGGCUCACUCUGUCUUGGCCGUGAAAAGCCAGAUAGAUAUGGUGAGGUAAGGUGGAAGUCCAAUAAAGAAACUCCUCAAAAGUAAACAGGCUCUGAGUGACUUUAGAUGGAACAGUACACAGAGAAAACAGUUUGUGUGUCACAUCUUUGUGAGGUAAAUGAGACCAGAUGUGAGGCAGGGAGGGCAGCAGGGGACUUAUCCCAUAGGGCUAGUAGCUCAGGUUUCACAAGAAAUUACGUGGUGUCUCUACCAGGAGACGUGCAGAAUGGACUGAUCCUCAUACCGGGCCUGGGUCAUAGCUCCUGGGAGUGGGCAGGCUAUGGGGCUGAUCUGUCAACUUGCACAAAUACUUCCUUUGCGAACAGAACUUAACAAAAUGUGGUUUAUGUGUUAAAGCUGUUAACAAGGUGACUCAAAGGGUAAAAGUAGUCUGAGCGUUAAGUGAGCUGUCAAAGAAUACUUUGGAUAGCACCUGUCUGUAGAGGUUGAAUCCUGGUCUUAUCUGGGGCUCCAAAAUCCAGUCUCCCUACCAGAGAGCAGUCUCCUCUAGCUGAUAGUUUCCUGGCUUUCUAGGAUUUGUCUCUAGCCGCAUUCUAGUCUCUCAUGGUUUCCCUGACCCUCUCUAGGUGUAUAAUUCUUUCACUUUGUCUCCAGCCUCCACCAAUAAGUUUUGAUAGAAGGAGAGGGACAGAGCUAGGAAGGGAAGAGGGAAAGAGCAUUUCUGCCACUCAGCUCCACUUACGUCACUGCCACACUUGUUAUGUCCGUCUUGGAACACUGACCCUCUCCACAGACUUGGAUUAAUGGAUUCAGCAGUUACUCACUGAGGAUCUGCUAGGCACAAUCCCCUCUACUAGGAGCUAGGCAGCGGGAGUAAGUAAAGGGUAGGUAAGGGAGAAAGUCCUCAAGAAAACCACACUAGUGGAUACUGAACUGAACUCUGCAGUGUUGAGUAGAGAGUGACAGCCACCAAAGGGGAAGAGGGAGGCAGCGGGGAUAUCUGGGUGGGACAGUUGGGUUUUUAAAGAGGAAGAAGCGGGAAAUAGGAUGGUUUGAUUAAAGGCCUCAUCAGAAAAGCUCACACAUCUUCAAAAGGGGCUGGUCAUUCAGGGUUGGUGUGUAAUGGGCAGAAAGGAAGGCCAUAGAAUACCAAUUCCCAGGAGUCACCAGGUUUCCACCUUUCAUUUAUCUGAGGCCACCAGCGGCUUGAAUAUCCCUCCUCCAUGCACACACACACCCAUGUACUUGAGCUCUACCUGGACCCAGUGGGCCUCCUACAGUGGGGAAACAUGAAAUAAGGGAGAGGAUGGCUACCACUCAAAUGGGAAUUCUGAGUGAUCCAGCCUGCCGAGCAGUAGGACACGUUCCUGCUGAGGCCUCCACUGACUCCACUGACUUGACCCACAGGAAAUGGGCCUCAGGGUCUCCAGUCCCCCUAGGGCCGGUAACACGCUGCUCAAGCUGAUCUCACAAGAUUUCCACUUGUGCCAGGUGGACUUUGUGGCACAGAUUCAACGAGCUGUUCAGACUGGAGCAUGUUUCAGGAGCACCAUCCGCCACCUCUUUCCAGAGAAAAUGCCUGAUGUGCAAGAAGAAAAACUUGCCAACAUGUAGGCUGGAAAAAGGGUCAGCAGAAGAAGCUUCCAGAUCUACUCCAGUAAAGUGUUGCCUGGGACCAACGCUGCUUCACACUUGCUUCUCCAGCUUAGGCAGCCUGCCCACUCAUACUAUAUGCAUUUUGCUUCUCUCCCUCUCCCCGUUUUCCUGCAAUAGAUAGGCUAGAAAUUAAUACAGAAAGGGUUGGCGGGAGCCAAGCCUCCACCAUCUUAACCAUGGCUGUUUGAGGGGAGAGAGUCCCUUAAGAUCUCAAAAUAUGAGAAGAUCCAGGGGUUGGCAGGGCAAAGCCCUGGAGAGGAGCAGAAGUUCCUCUGGUCUUGGAUGUAAACCUUAGGGUCAGCAUUCCAGGGAAUGCAACAACUAUGAAUUUCUUUUCCUGUUUAUAAUUUCCCCACCUAUAAAAAGGGAAAUGACCCAACUCACAAGGUUGCUUUAAAGAUUCGUGAAAAAGCAUUUUGUAUUUUGAAAAUCUCUAUAUGAACAUCAUUGUUAAAUUGACUAGUGAACGGUCUUGUUUUUUAAAGUUAAAAGAAGGAGAUAAAAAUAACAGCAAAGAUUAAUGAAACAAAAUGACACAACAGAAAGGAUCAAAAAUCAAGCCACGUGACUUGGAACAGCUGUCCCCCGUGGUAGCCAGGCUGAGUAGUCAUGCCAGAGCCCAGUCACAUGGCCCCAAACCAAUACAAGAGAGGUUGAAAAUGUGUCUCAUUCUUCAUGAAGAGGAAACAGAAACGGAAUUUGCUCCCAGAAGAAAGAGAGGCUCAGUGCAUGGAGAAGGUAUGGUCAUCUCGGAUCAAUAACUAAACUCUGGAGCCUGGCCUUGAAGACUCAGUGUAGAAGCUGCCACUACUUGUUUAAUUCCAUCUUCAAAAAUGUUCAGAUUCGCUUACCAUGUUGGCGCAUCGCUUGGAUUGCCUGAUUUGGCAAAGUGAAGCAAGCCAACAAAACCAAGAUGCCCAGUUAUGUCUGAAUUGCAGAUAAACAAUUUUUUAGUGUAUGUCUCAUGCAUUAACAAUAAUUCCUUGUUUAUCUGAAGUUCAAAUUUAACUGGGUGUUUUGUAUUGUAUCUGACAACCCAGUUGGCCACACACCCUGUUUCCUUUUACUUUGAACAUCUUAAGUCUUAAGGAUAGAUCUAGGCUGGACAGGAUGUGGGCACUGCUCUUGGGAGGAGGGACAUUUUGGCUUAGCCUCCUUCUGCUUUCCUCUGUUUUAACUGCUGGCUACAUGGCCCACAGCCCCCUUCAGGGUUCUCCCAUCUGGUGGUUGCCCUCUUAGACUUGGCAUUGGAUAGGCAAGAUGGUAUAAACCCUGCUCCUGCUGUGUCCACUUGGCCUUCAGAUCCUCUUGGAACCUUGGCAUACAAACCUCAGGGAUGCCAAAGGUGAGUCACCAGCCCUAUCUAGCUGUUUCACAGAAUCACAGUCUCUCCUUGCAGCAGUCUCCAUAAGUGAUCCUCUCCAUGAGGGAGAGCCUGCAGGGUGGACAGGGAAUUGCGUCCUGCUCCAUGCCUCCUGGCAGGUAUCCCCAGCCUCCUUCUGUUUCCAAGUCUAUGUAUCUCAAAGAAAAGCCUUGCCUUGCCAUCAAAACACACUAUCUGUCCAUACAGGCCAAGCCUCUUCAUCCCCUCAGAAUUAGGAUCUUUGGACUUGGUUUUUCCUCUCAUUGUCCAUCCCAUGCCACCCCAAGACAAUCAGUCAUUGUCCGAAGUGCUGGGAUCUUCCCUCCCUGUGUGCUCUUUGGGUUGUUCUGGCCGCUCCCUUCCCGUUUGGUUAAUGGCAAGAAUAAAUCUCACCUCCUGGUGCAGGCUUUGAGUCUGAGUUCUGAGCUUGGGGGCCUUUUAGGGCCUCCCUUCAGGGCUUGGAUUGGGUUGUAAGGUAGUUACUGUGUUUCUUCAGGAGGCAGUGAGGGCACAAGGACAGGGGCUCCACAUCUCUAGAAUUAGUACGUGUAGCAGAGUCUGCUGCAGGUGGAUGGAGAGGAGCAGCUGAAAGGUAUGGGCCAUGAUCCUUGCUGUCCCUUCCUUCAGACUUUUUCAGGAAACACGCCUCCCUCCUGACUGAGAUCAUCAGGACUUGUUGCCUAGGCCAAAGUUUCUUCCAGGGCCUUCCCUCCCCUUGUUAACUGUCUAAAUGGCUGCCACUGGGAUAAGUUUGAAAUUCUUUAUUUAAAAAAACAAAACAAAACAAAACAAAACCCCUCAUAGAUUAUUAAGUUCUGUUACUUGUGCCUAACACUGUUAAAGUCACACAAGGUGAAGACACAAGUUCCUGCAUUCAAGAAUCAUAGCGCAGGUCAAGAUUUGUGUACAUUAAAAAGCCAUUUCAGGAUGACCCUAAAAGUAGAUAAUAAAAUGCAUUUGACAUGAUUUGUAAAGGUCAUACAAUGACAGUGUUUCAUCAUUUGUGGAAUCAGAGGAUUUGAUCAAUUUUCCCCAAAGUUUGCUUACUUAUUCCAAAAAAUAUUAAGAUCGUUCAAGUUUUAUAAAAUAAAAUAACAAGAUACUGUAUUCAUGCUGUGCAAGGCACUGUUGCUGGCAACCCUUCCACUCUUCCUAAGAAUACCAUGAGGUGGCAAUUACUCAUUUCUCACUUGGCAGGUGGGGAAAUUUAGGCACCAAGGGUAAGAAUUUGCCCAUGGCACAGCACUCUAUGGUAGAGCUUGCAUACGUAUAAACCCGAGGCAACAGGCUCUCAAGUGCACAGGCCCUAGAGUGCUGUCCUGUGUCUCUGCAGGCCUUCGCCCAGGCUUUCCCAUACUUUUCAGGUUUCACUUCCUUACCUUUUAAACACAGAAGCAAUAUAUUGUUCUUGGAAUGCCUAUGCUAUUUUCCAUUGCCUUACAAACUUUGUCCUCUGGGUUCAGACUUGUACAAUUUGCAACCCAGUUUCUACAUUUUAGAAACUAUGUAUCUAUGGGACUCUGGCUAUAUCUCCUUUUAGGGAUUUGGUUUACUGGAAUCUGUAAAUUUCACUCAGAUUUUAGCCCAAAGUCCUGACUCAUUCACUAGGUCAUGUUUCUUUCCUCCUUUUCUCAAAACUGAUCUAAUUCAAUCCUCAACAUUCUGUCUCUCCCCUCAGGGAGGGAGUGGCAUUUGAUUUGGUAAUAAAAGACUUGCAAACAUUUUUCUGGGGAAAGAGAAGGACAAAGUAGAAUUCUGGCUGGGGGAAGGGAGAUGAAUUCAGAGUCCCUGUCUUCCUCAGACCAAAGAUCCCUGGUCUCUUCCCUGGAAUGAAGUGCCUGUGCUAUUCUAGGGAUGGUCGAAGUCCAGAAAAAGUAAUUUUUUUUUUUCUUGGAACAUUCUCCUCACUCUAGGUUGUAGCUGAGUAUAUCUGAUCCAUUUCUCACACACACACACACACACACACACACACACAACUAAUUCUCUGCUGAAAUUCCAACUGUUAUUUGCUCACUUAAGCAAGCACGUUAAUUAAAUGCAGGCAUGUGCGGUGCCUGGAUGGCUCAGUGGGUUAAGUGUCUGACUCCUGGUUUCAGCUCAGAUCAUGAUCUCAGGGUCAUGAGAUCCAGCCCUGUGUCAAUGCCUGCAUAAGGCUCUAUGAUCAGUGUGGAGGCUGCUUGAGAUUCUCUCUCCCACUCCCUCUGCCCUCCUCUUCAUGCAUGUUCUCUCUCUCUCUCAAAUAAAUAAAUGAAUCUUAAAAGAAAAUGCAAGAAUGCAAGCCUGGUAUUUCCAGACACAACUUCAAAUGGGUCUGAUUCCUUAGCAGGGUCAGUCACCUGAACAGGCCAGCCCUUUAAUAGGCACUAGGAAUGAAUCAGUGUAUGACACAACACAGAGGUGAUUACCACACUGCAGUGAGACAUUUGGGAGGCACAGAGAAGAAUUUAACUCCCAGAAUCCCGUGGCUUUUUUUUUUUUCCUUAAACAGUUUCCAGAUGAUUCGUAAUGAGUGUUAGCUGGGGUGUUGGGUUGCCUUUAACUUAAAUUCUUCCAUUAUUCCCAAGUAGCCUAUUGUGGGGGUGGGGUGGGGGAGAAUGUGGAGACACAUGUGGACACCUUUAUCCCAGAAUAGGAUGGAAAACAGUGAAUCACCCACCUAGGAAAAGAUCAAAGAUGUUCCUUUGAAAGAUUUAGGUAUGUCCUUUCCUUUUUAUGACUCAAAGAUUGUUACUAAAAGUUAUUUAAAAUGUUUCCAAUAAUUAGAAAUGGUUAUUCUGGUUUAAAACCCAUUUCAAAAAGAUAAGGGAAUUAUGAUAAGGUUAUAGAUAAUUCGGGGUUAAGACUGUAAUUGUUUUCUCCCAAGUACUUUGAACUGCUCCAGUAUGAGGAGAAGCUUUGAAGGAUUUGGCUGGGGUAUGUGAGAACUGGUCACUGCAGCCAGGACCUUUAGAAUCCAAGCACCCUUACACCAAAACCAGCUUAGGUUAUAAGGAGUAGGAAUAUUCCCAUUUGAGCUUGGUUCUGCUUGAAGCAAAGCAUUCAUGACCCCAAACCAGGAAUUACUCGGAUUAUUUUUUUUUUUUUGGCUCUCCAAACACUUCUUCAGUACUUCUGAAAUGUCUUCAGUUUUUUAUUUGUAAAUUUCCCUAUUCUUUCUUGAGAAUAAGUCUCCUCUUCCAUGUGACUGAUAAGUCUUGAAGGCAAAAGGCACUUCUAUUUUGGACUGUGCUCCUUUGACUUCUCCCUUCUCCAUCUCCUCCUCUCUCCCAGCCACCCCCACCACCUGUGGAGGCUCAGUACAGGGAAACCUCAGCCUCCUGGCAUCAGGAGCCAAGGUUUUUUAUUCACUACAUAACUGGAUGACCCUCACUAAUGGUGCUGGUCUAUGGAAAUGCUGACCCAAGCAGUUCUGCGUUUAAAUGCAAAUUCACAGAUUUAAAAACAAAGCCACCUAAGGAGAGUCAGAACUUGUAAUUGUUAAGAAAGGUGUUUGAAAGUAGACCAGCUUUCACUAUGGCCUAAUCAUACUUUGAGAGCCCUGAAAAAGGAACAGACCAGGUGAGAAACAGGAGUGGUUUCCUAAGAGGACCAGGGGGAAGGUUGGCCCUCAGGCUUUCUCUGGUCUCAGAUGGUCAGGGCAUGAAGUGAUCUCCCAUGAAAAUUCAAUGUGACCACCACCCUGGCACUUUCCGAUUGCUAUCUGUAAACUUCUAAACCUCACAGAUAUUUACAUUGCUGUGUGUAGUUUUAAAAGCGUUCCCACAGCCUUGGUUUCAUUUGAUCCUCAUGAAUACCUUGCCAGGGGUGAAGGAUACAUUUCCUUAUCUGCACCUCGCAAAAGGAAACCAGAUCUUCCACCACAGAAAUCAGAGAGGCCAGGAUCUGAGCUGGCAGGUAAAUG